AUGUACACACACACACGCACAUGUGGAUAUACGCAAAUAUACACACAUACACCAUAUGCACACACGUACACAUAUACAUCACAUACAUACACAUACACACAUAUGCAUAUGCAGACAACAUAUAGACAUACACAUAAACCGUAUACACACAUGCAUGCACAUGUACUAUAUACAUAUACAUACGUACAUACACACAUACACAUACAUGGCAUACGGAUAAGUACAAAUACAGACAGAUACAACCACACACAUGCACAAAUGCACACACAUACACCAUACGCACACACACAUACCACAUACAUACACAUACAUAUGCAUACACAUACACAUUCAUUACAA